CCGUUUUCUUUCAGCCUUUUAAUCAGUUGUAAGAUGGGGUUAUCUGGCAAGAGAUCCAGAGAAGCAGAAAACAAUGAUGUUGAUUGGGAUGGUUACAGUGACAUGGAGAGUGAACAGGUGGAGUCUGAUGCAGAGGACUAUGAUGACGACGACGACGAGGAGGAGUAUGAAGAUGAUGGGGAGGGAACCUGUGAUGACGAAGAUGGUACUGUGGAGGAAGAUAAAUGGAACAAUGAUGAGAUGGAGCAGCUCGAGAAAGAGUAUAGGGAACUCCAUAGACAGGAGCAAGAUACUUUAAAGAAUUUGAAGCGUCAUAAAGAUGAAGAUCUCCUUAAAGGUCAAGCUGUAAAACACCAGAAGGCACUCUGGUACAAGAUUCUUGAGCUUAGAGUCUUAGUUCAGAAGCCAUAUUCAAGUUCAAACAGGCUACCCCAGGAGCCAGCCAGGUCUUCAUUAUAUGGUUCUGAUGAGGGUGUUAGUGCAGCAUAUUCAGAUCUUAUGACUUCCUGCAAGGAGACGUUAAAUUCUAUAUUGGAAUUGCAAGAGGCCCUAGUUGCCCAGAAUCCAUCUAUUGCCCAAGCCUCUGAUGGUUCAGGAAGGUCACCAAAACAUUUAGACACUUCUAAGAAUUUGGAUGACAAUUUUGAUGAAGAGUGGUCACAGAUUUCUCAGAUGCAUAAGAGGUAUUUUUCCUCAUCUUCUUGGACUCUUAUUUUGCUAGACGUUCAUUUCCCCACCGUACUUCAUCAUUGAGGCUUAGUUUUGUUGCUUGAACCCCAUCUGUGGCAGU